ACACAUUCUUGCAAGUGGUUCAACGUGUUCUUAAGAGUCACGGUGCAGGGAGUGUGAGGGGGCUUGAGAGAUAUUCUUUUGGUGGUAUUCUUGCUGCUUGUUCUUCUUUAAAAUCACCUCACACUGGAAAAAGAUUAGAAGAUAGACACUGUGUUGAGAGCUUUAAUUGUUGAUGAGUUUUCACGCAGAAGAGACGUGUAUCUCGUAAAAAGUUGCCUUUUAACGGGAAAUGACUAGAAGAAGGGUUUCAACAAAACCACAUAAUCUAAAUUUAAAGGUUUCAAUCAAUCAGUUUUGGAGGGUUCAAGUGAAAGUGAUUUGAAUUUUGUGAUAAAAUUUGGGGAGGAUACAAUGUAGAGAGAGGAAAACAGUGACAUAAAGAACAUUAUAUUUUGGAUUUAAAUAACUCAUAUUGAUUGCGUGAGAUAAUUAAUUUCAACUGGUGUAAAAUAAAUUGGUGUACGGUGUUAAAAUUUAUCUAGUUAAUUGAGUGCGCGAGAAGGGGAUAGAAGUGAGAUUGAAAUCAUAAAUGAUGCUUUAACAAGUUUAUUAUUAAUAUACAUAACAUGGUGAUUGUGGGAAAAGUGCAAAGAGAAAAAUGUUGAUGCUUUAGUGAUUGUUGAUAGUUGUUGUUGGAGGAAAAAAUAAUUAAAAGUGAAAAAGUGUUGCUGAGGGAUAAAAAAAAAUUGUUGUAGUGUGAUAUUUCAUCAGUAAAGUUAGGAGUUAUGUUUGCAAGUUGCUGUGGAUGUGGAAAUCGCAAGGUGGACAGGUCAAAGGCACUAUCAUCAGAGGAUGAGGAGGAUUCAUCACAGGGGGAUGAGGGCAUGAAGAGGAAAAAGGCAUCAAAUGGUGAGGAGAAUAAUGGAAAAAUAAGCUCAUUGGAUAUACCGUGUGAGUCACAACAAUUGAGUAAAGAUCCACAAGAUGGAAAUUUAUUGAAUGACGAGACGCCCGAGGAAAAUACCAAAGGAUGCCAGAGUGACAAGAAAGAUGGCAAUGUUACUGAAUUUUUGGGUGAGGUGGGACUAAAGAAAUCACCCUUGCUCCUGGAAAGGGUAACUGAGGAGGAGGAUAAGGAUGAUGAGACGGAUGGUGAGAAAAUUGAUGGGGAUUCUGACUCGACAGAGCCAGAGUGUAAUUCACAGAAACAAAGACAUCGAAGUGAUGCCAGCAAUGUAACAGUUGAGGAGUCUAUUGUGAUAAGAUCUGGCACAAGGAGUAGUUCCGUUGAGGAACAUGAAGAAUCGUCCACGUCAACGACAAUCACCAACAAAGAAAAUAUCCUGUGUCGAACAAAUGGCAAUUACCAUCAGCCUGAUGACCUAUCCAAGGGCAGUGACACGGGAGAAGAGCUUUCCAAGAGUUGCCUCUCUCGUAGAAGUUCCUCUAAGUCGUCUAUAAAGAAACGAGUUAAUUACAAUGCUAGCACAGAAUUUAUCCCACCCUCUGAUCUCACGUCCAUAAAUGAUGACGAUGAGGUGUUCUCAGAUUCAGUACCACCGCAACUUCCUCGUGGGGAUAUGUGUGCACCAUAUAUGAAGAAAAGGGGCUCUAUGCCGGGUCUAGUAGCCCUUCCAGAUUGGUUCAGUUCAGACAAUUACAGGGAGGAGGGUGGAGUUCAGGAGCCACCUGUUACGCCAAUUGGUCGCGAUGAAUUGGCCCUCAAGAGGCACCGAUUUUUCUCAGAACUCCUAACAGCAGCUCAGGCUGCCGUUGAGCAUCGGGUUCGGUUUGAUCCUCUUGGUCCGGAUGUGGCGGAUGACUUGGACGAUGAGGAGGAUUGCGAUCCGAACGUUAAACCAUCAACAGCAGCUGAACUUGAGGCAUUAAUUGUGCGUCUGGAGAAGAUUGUUGAUCGCCUAGAGAGAUCGGUAUCUGCUAGGGAAUUAGCCAUUGUCAAUCAGACACUAGAUUCAGCAAAGAAAUCAGACGCUCUUGCACUAAAAGAUUCCAUCGAAAGGGCAGAUUGCUAUUUGACCCAGGAAGAGUCGUUGGAUUUUGAAUUACCACCCCCACCAACUCCGCCCCCAACAGCCACAGUAGCACAGAAUUUUUCAGCUUUGUCGGCUGAUCUUGAGCAGAGAAUCAACAAUCUCGAGGAGAGUGUCGUGAGGAACGGACGGGCAGAGCAGGAAGACGUAAUUCCAACGGUUGUGCAACUUAUUUCCAAGGAAAAGCCCAAGGAAACUGCUAGUAUGAGUGUCCAGGGAUAUGAGGAUAUUGUGGCUGGGAGUGUCGCCCAGUUUUUGAAGCUGUCCCAGAAAAUUGGGGGAGAUGUAGCUGCCCAGGCUGAGCUCGUAAGGGGAGCCUUUGAUGCUCAAUUGAAGUAUGUGACUCUGGCAAGUCAAUCGGCUCAGCCACCGCAGGAUCGUCAAAUGCAGCUAUUGCAGCCGACGUCGGAGCGCAUUGCUGCCAUCCAGGACUUCCGGGAGAAGCAUCGCACUUCGCCAUUUUUCAAUCAUUUGUCCGCCAUCAGUGAGAGCAUCCCAGCUCUUGGCUGGGUUUGCGUAGCGCCUACUCCUGGGCCCCAUGUCAAGGAGAUGAAUGAUGCUGGGCAGUUUUACACGAACAGAGUGCUGAAGGAGUGGCGUGAGAAGGAUGCCACUCACGUUGAGUGGACCAGAGCCUGGAUUCAGACACUCACGGAUCUGCAGCAGUACAUUAAGCAGCAUCAUACGACUGGACUCGUGUGGUCGGGCAAGGGACAGGUUCCCAGUGGAGGAUGCCCACCUCCGCCACCACCCGGAAUUCCUCCACCGCCUCCAGUGAUGCCCCUGGAGGAAUUAUCGCUGAGCGGAGAUGAUCGAAGUGCUCUCUUUGCCGAAAUCAAUCGUGGGGAGGAUAUCACGAAAAAUUUGAAGAAAGUGAGCGCUGAUAUGCAGACGCACAAGAAUCCAGCUCUUAGAUCAGGUCCAGCACCAUUCAAGGCACCAAAAAGUGUGACAAACCCUGCGACUGGAGGAGCUAAACCAACAGAAGCUCCAAAUAAACCGCCCGUAUUUUCACGUGAUGGCAAAAAGUGGAUCAUUGAGUACCAGAAGUCCAAUCCUGGUCUCUUGAUUGAUAAUGCCGAGAUGAACAAUGUGGCCUACAUGUUCAGGUGCCAAGACUCUACCUUGACUGUCAAGGGCAAGAUCAACAGCGUGGUGAUUGAUUCAUGCAAGAAGUGCUCAAUUCUCUUUGACUCACUCGUAUCGUCCAUUGAGUUUGUCAAUUGCCAGAGUGUCCAGAUGCAGGUCCUGGGCAAAGUGCCUACGAUCUCCAUCGACAAGACGGACGGUUGCCAAAUGUAUCUCUCUGAUCAGUCCUUGGAAGUAGAGAUCAUCUCAUCCAAGUCGUCAGAGAUGAAUGUUCUAAUUCCGAAGGGCAAUGGAGACUAUACUGAGCAGCCAAUUCCGGAACAAUUUAAGACAACCAUCAAAGGAAAGUCUCUCAAUACGAUUUGUGUGGAGAGUUUGGGCUGAAUGGCCAUCAGAGAAUUGUUGCCACAAAAAAAAAAAAAAAGAAACACAUUUUCUACAAAAACUUUUAACUCCUCAGCACAGGAAUUUUUCUUUCUAGCGACAAAGUACACUUUUUAUCCUCCUAUCUAUCCUAUCCAUAAUUUUUUCUACUGACACCGAGAAUUUUCAGUGCGAGAAAGAGUUUUCUAUAUUGUCACAAUAUUACUCUCUACAAAAACAAAAAAACAAAUAUUGAUUUUAUCUUUUAUCUAGUGUCCUCAAGCGCCCUCUUGAGUGUUUAGAGAGGGUGGCUAAAUGAGUGAAAAUUGUAAUUUAUAAGUGAGAGAUGGAUAAUGAAUAUUUAUCGAGACAAGAGUAGAUAGUUUAAAAAGAUGCAUUUUUUAAAGUACUGCAACACUAACAGUUUUCAGUAUUUUCUUUUGGUCUUUUUUUUUGGAAUUUUUAUUUUUUAAUUUUAUUUUCUUCCUUUCGAGUUGAAGUGAUUUGUAUGAUGAAUCAUGCCAGUAUAACUCAUUAUACAAUUAUUCAAUCAAUACAAAAGUAAUGUAUUUAUCCCCGAGAUUUAUUGCUUCUUUUGUAAAAUAAAGUUUUUUUUUGACUACUUA